UCCGUGUGACCGAGUGAGACAGUGCGAGCGCGUGUAGUAUGAGGCUGCGCUGCUCUCGGUGCGAUUGGGUGUGAGUGAGAGUGGGGUAAACAGGUCGAGUCGAGUCGGGUCGGGUCGCGUACCUUUUGCACUGGCUGUUCUAGGCAGUCAGGCACAAGAAGGCCUUUUGAAUAGUGGUACGCGGUGCUGUCUGUGUGCGCUUUUUUGUAGUCCGUGAUUUUUUGAGAUUCGUGCGACGGCAGGCAGGAGAGUGAAUGUAACUUUCUACUGUAUGACGCAUCCGUAAUCUUACACUGGCCUGCGGCGACGGCUUAUCAGCAGCGACCUAUUGCGAAACGAUCUUUUGCCUUUCUUGCUUACGGUUCAUUUCCGUGCUCUCUGGUGCAAACCGGGAGUGUAAUCAGUCGUGACACGAACGAACCGUGACACUGUGAUCCGUGAACGAGCGCGCGUGCGUUUGAUCUUCCCGGCCUACUACGAUCGCGAGUGAUUGGGAAAUAUUUCAAGUGAAACAUUUCGUGCUUUUUUCGGUGACCAAACGGCGGUACUCACGUGAUACGGCUGUGGUUUAACGGUGAAGUAAUCGAGUCAACAAAGAGGCAAACUUGGCAGAAAACAAAUUAAAACCGGUGUUAUUGUUUACGGUCUGAAAAGGAAAACAGCACUGUUCGGUUAAACAAAAAAAAAAAUAUGAAUGUUGUGUGUUUGUGAUAAGACGAGGCUCCGUUUGUUUUUGGUUUGGUUGGAGUCUUUGUUUUGUUUUCGUGCGAAACGAGAGUGUAUUCCGGGACAACUAAUCGUCACGCGGACCGAUUUCCAGCGAUCCUCGGUGAUUUAAUCAGGAAAAAUUUUCCUCGACAGCGUAGGCCCCGAUUGUGGGGCCAAAACCGGUAGCAAUAUUAUAACGCACAAUCCGCUCAGCAUGUACGGAGGCGGUGUCCUGUGCCCGUCGCCCUCGACAGCGACCGGGUUCUACAACCCGCGCGGUCAGGGCUCGGAGAUUGGCGCACUGGAGUUAGGUUUCCCCCGGGGGAUGGCGCUAGUACCUCCACCACCGCACGGUGCCUGGCGAGAUCCUACCUCUAUCGGAUCGCACCUGCCCGUGUCAAGCACUAGUGAGGACAUUACGACUCUCGGCGGAGGCAGCGGACCUCCGACAGUGUCAUCAAUGCAAUCCAACUCUUCGGUAGAUAAGAAAGAUUUCAUAUCAUCAUCGAUAUCAGGCUCCCAGCAUAAUGCCGGUAGUUUAGCAGUUUCACAACACAAUUCAGUCGAGAAGAAGGAGUUCUUGUCGCUCCAACAGAGCACCACGCCCGGCUCACAGACUAUGAACUCCCAGAACGGGAGCCAACAGGACAUCAAAAAUCAGAACAUCGAAUGUGUCGUCUGCGGCGACAAAAGCUCCGGCAAACACUACGGACAGUUCACAUGCGAAGGUUGCAAAUCGUUCUUCAAGCGAUCGGUCCGGCGGAACCUCACCUACUCGUGCCGCGGCAACCGGAACUGCCCGAUCGAUCAGCACCACCGGAAUCAGUGUCAAUUCUGUCGUCUACGAAAGUGCCUCAAAAUGGGAAUGCGACGCGAAGCUGUGCAACGAGGUCGCGUUCCACCAUCGCAACCACCAGGGCUCCCGUACGGUCAAUACUCGAUACCGAACGGUGACGCCGUCGCCGGAUUCAACGGGCACUCGUAUCUUAGUUCCUACAUCUCGCUGCUGCUCAGGGCGGAACCUUACCCCACCUCCCGGUACGGGCAGUGUAUGCAAACCAACAACAUCAUGGGCAUCGACAAUAUCUGCGAGCUAGCGGCCCGGCUACUGUUCUCGGCGGUAGAAUGGGCCCGAAAUAUACCCUUCUUUCCGGAUCUCCAAGUGACCGACCAGGUCGCACUGCUGCGGCUUGUGUGGUCCGAACUGUUCGUGCUGAAUGCGUCCCAGUGCUCGAUGCCGCUUCACGUGGCACCCCUGCUGGCAGCUGCCGGUCUACACGCAUCGCCUAUGGCAGCCGAUCGUGUGGUCGCCUUCAUGGACCACAUCCGGAUAUUCCAGGAACAGGUGGAAAAGCUGAAGGCACUGCAUGUAGACUCGGCCGAGUAUUCCUGUCUGAAAGCAAUAGUCCUAUUCACAACAGAUGCCUGCGGUCUGUCAGAUGUGGCCCACAUCGAAUCACUGCAGGAAAAGUCCCAGUGCGCCCUGGAGGAGUACUGCCGGUCCCAGUAUCCCAACCAGCCGACCCGCUUCGGUAAACUGUUGCUGCGGUUACCCUCGCUGCGGACAGUUUCUUCGCAGGUGGGUUCAAAGGUGAUAGAGCAGCUCUUCUUCGUCCGGCUAGUGGGCAAAACGCCCAUCGAAACACUGAUACGGGAUAUGUUGCUGUCGGGUAGUAGUUUUUCUUGGCCUUACCUACCUUCGAUGUGACACACGGCCGUGUGGCGUC